GUCACAUGACUGCUACAUCAUGGCCGAACACAGGCAAUAACACCUCGGAAGCAAAUUGCGAUCAAACUGAGAAGUAGUGUGUGUCCAUUUGGAAAAGUAUGGCACGUGGUGAGUGUUUCCCUGGUGAAAAAGGCGAUGUGCUCCAAUGAGCAGGCCCCGACGGAGGAUCGCAAAAUGCACCCGUUCUCUUGUGAGGAGGACAGCUCUAUGAAGCAGCUCUUCAAUUUUUUCAGGCUGUGCUUACAGUGUGGGGACUGGGAGCUUGCCCAAGCGUGUGUGCCUCAGCUUAAUAACACCACACACAUAAGCACACACUGCUUGAAGGACAUUUUAAAAUCCUUAGUGACCUGUCCAUAUGUGCUCAAGUGGGAGACGGUGGGCAGUCCGCACAGACUGGCAUGGCUGUGGCUAAAGACUUCAGAGAGAUGGGCACAUGAGCAGGUUGCUGUGCGGGUUAAGAAGGAACUAGAGUUUCUUCUGAUCAUGGAGGAGCUGGAGGACUCGGAACCAGAGAAAGUACUUAAGGAACUGCACCAGGCUUUCAAGAGUGUCCUGACAGAGAAGAAGGCGGCGGCGGUGAUACUGAGUGCAGAGGCUGAGUGUUGUCUUGGGGCGCUGCUGGAUAGAUGUAGGCCCAGGCUUGCUCAGGCCUUGGUCCAUUUCCUGCAAGACCACAGAGCUGAUGAUGUUGCAUGUGAUAGGAACCGCCAGCUGCAGGAUGCCUUCAUCCACUUCCUGUUGGCAAAAGUGCAACAGUCGGGGAAUGCGGAGGUUGACUGGGAGGAGAAACUGUAUUCGGCACUGGCUGUCAUGCCCUGGGGCCCGGAGCCGGUGGAGGGGCAGCUGCAUGACCUAUGUAGGGCCCUGUGGGCUGCCAGCACUGGCCUGCUUAGUGAGGAGAGAGUGCUAAGCUCCUUACUGCGCCCUCGCUCUCACGCUGCUCUCUCCUUCUACUGCUCUCUGGCUGUGCAGUUCCAGAGAGACAAGCUGCUGAAGGACGUGGCCACAUCACAAGUAGACCUGUCUGAAGCAGGGAAAUUGAUGCUUGGGCUCUGUUGUCAUGCCGACCGUGUGUCUGCGUGGAAGGCCAUCUGCUUUGAUUGUCUGAGCAGCAAUAAGCACUUCCUGGAUCAGGUUCUGAUCACAGCGCUGGACCUGAUAAGGAGGGAGGAGUUCUCCAGCGUGAAGGACCUAACAGCUGGCGAGUUCCAGCCUCUUUCCCGUCUCUUAUUGCUCCUGGGUUGGACUCACUUGCAGAGCCUGGGUUCGGCACAAAAGCUGCUGGAAACUCUUCACCACAGUCAGGCACUAGCCAAUGAUUCUGUCCUGAAGGACUUUGUUGAUGGUCUGUCCUCACAGUUAGCAGUUCUUGAGUGGUGUGCCAAAAACAGCCCAGGGACUCCCAGCGCAGCCCUCUUGGCUCAGCUGCACACUCUAGACAGCCACUCCUCCCUGUUCAUCCUGCAGUCGUUGACCCCCCUGCCUCAGUUGGAUGAGCGUAGGGUUCUGGAGCUGUUUGGGUUGGCCCACUCUCCCAACUCAGGUGAUGCAGACACUGCCCAUCCUGUCGACGCGCCAAAUCUGUCUGCGCGGAGGAACGUGGUCCUCUUCCAGGGCUUCUGUGCCAUGAAAUAUGCUCUAUACGCAAUUUGCGUCAAUGCCCACAAGUACUCUGGGUGUAAGGACUGUUUAGUCGCAAAACAGUCGCAGGAGCUAGAAUCAAACGUUGAGCAAGACCAGACUGCCGCUCUCACUCAAGGGUUUUCCGUCUUGUUUCAGUAUUACCUGUCCGAAUGCCAGCUUUACCUGGAAGCCGUGCCGGCCUUGUUCCGACUUGAACUCUUGGAGAACAUCUUUUCGUUGCUAUUUCUGUCUAGCGCCGACUUUGUCCUUAGUCCAGAGAGGGACAUUGAUCAUGGCCUGUCCCAUGAACAGCACUUGCCAUCUGCGUGUGAUUUGGAACAGUCUAACAGUCCUGAAUUCAGAAAGGAGAUUAUAGGUGGUGGAGUGGUGGUGGAUGGACUUAAAAUUCACUUGGAGCCAAGGGACGAUUGGACCCUGCGGGAACCCCAGCACCCCGGAAGAGACACACUGCAAAAUCUGUUGUGUAAUUAUGUGGAUCUGGGCCAUUUUAUCCAGGGUUGCAAGGGAUUCCUGGUAGAUACAGUUGCUAUGGAAGGUUUUCUGAAGCUUCUGAGAGAGAGUCUGGAGGGGGUUUGUGUGGUAGGCCAACGGGAUGGCCAGGAAGAGGGAAGAGCGUUGGCUGGGGAGGAGGAGAUGGCCGAGAGCCUGGGCUGCUCAGUAACUCCAGAGACAUUCGGAACACGUCUCCAGAGGCUGUCCAAACGGAUUGCUGAGGCACAUUGGAGACUGCAGGUCAUCACUAGUAACCAUGGCAGCAGCAGCAGCAGUGAUGGGCAAAUACCGACCACAAAAUUAGUCAGCCCAGUUCCAUCCCUGAAACACGACGGAGGGACGAAGAGGAGGAAGAAGACCAGGCGACACCGUACGGAGCGACUUUUUUCGGCGGAGCAGCACAACGGCGAGGUCAGCACCAGCACGUCAGAUGGAGGUGGUGGCGUAGCGACCGCUCACACAGAGCAGGAGGCGUGUCCGUGUGGGGGUCCUCACAGCUGGCUAAUUCCAGCCAUGCUGUCGAGCCCAGAGUCACUGCUCAUAUCCUGUAUCCGCCGGGGGAACUUUCUGGAAGCUCAUCAGGUGUCUCUGAUGUUUGGAUUGGAUGGCUCAGCCUGCUCUGGCGAGCUGGUGUUCAUGGAGCACCACCAAGACGUUCUUGUGGAGCUGGGCUGCGUGGAGCAGAAGAUAGAGAACCAGGUGGCAGAUGGAUCAGCCAGUGGACGCAGCAGACUUGGCAGCAGCGGAAGGUCCACGCUACAGGCCAUCGGGAGUGCUGCCGCGGCAGGCAUGGCCUUCUACUCCAUCUCAGACAUGGCAGAUAUGCUCCUCAGCACCCCAGGACGCCCAGUGCCCUCUUUGGAGGAGGGCUACUGGCUAAAUCACAAGGUACCAGACCCCUCUGGCAUGCUCCAUGCUCUGCUGGAGGAGCUCAGUCCUGCCAGCAUGGCGACCUUUGACCUGGCCUGCUGUCACUGCCUGCUGUGGAAGACUUCCCGGCAGCUGCUGGAGACAGCAGAGCGCAGGCUGAACAUCCCUUUGGAAGAGCGAGGAGUAAGAACGGACUCUACAGGGCCCCAUUCUCAUGGGAUUAAGGGGUUUCCUGCUGUGCUUCAGCAGAUCAGCAAGAUCAUAAACCACACUGUCAGCGGCAAAGGUUCUGCCAGGGCCGAAGUGCCAAGCGAAGAGUCUGCAGCUGCGAGUCCGUUUGGCUGCAGUGCUCGGGACGUGCUGCUCUGCUUGCAUCCGGUUCUGACCGAAGAGGCCAUUUCUGCACGACUCUCCCUAGCCCAACAUCUAGAGCAGACCCUGUGUACCCUGGCAUCCGCUACAGACUCUGCAGCUGAUGGCCGUGUAGGUGGGGGUCUUCUGGCUGCCUUAGUGGAACAGGCGAGCCUCAAGCAGUCUGAGUUGGACUCUCAUCCCGUGCGCUCCCAAAUGAAGCAGUUACUCCGCACUUUGGACCAGCUCUGUCCUUAUGAACCCGACAGCGCCCCCUUUAGGCCAGAUUAUGUGCGUAGCUUCCUAGACUACGUCAACACAUUGGCUGUGGUGCUAGUCCGGAGCCUUAGUUCAGAAGACCAAACAAGCGAAGUCAAGCUUGGGAACCCUCUACUAGUUCUGCUGCAACUUCCUUCUCAGCUGCUCUCUCACCUGCUCUUUGACCGCCAGGUUUCUCCCACCAGAGUGUCAUCCUUGCUGGAACAGGAGGGUUUGGGUUUGAACAUCCAGCAGGUGAUCGUCCAGCGGUGCUGUGAGACGCUCCCAGUUUGGGAAACCUGCUGUGAAAGUAUGGGAGAGACUGAGAGAACGACUGGGGGUCUCCUUAGCUUGAAUAGUGUCAAAGUCUUCCUGCAGAAGUACAGUCAGGAUCAUCCUCUCACUGUGCGCCCCGGCAGCUGUGAUGCUCUUCCCUCCUCUGAUUCAGAUGCAUCUCCAGAGGAGGCCACUUCUCUAAGUUCAACCGCAAGCUCUUCACAGUCUUCCCCGGCAUCCUCUAGCUCCUCCAGCUCCCUUCUUCUGACCCCCUCAUCUCUAUCCUUCCUGAAGUCCCACUCCCCUAUUCUGGCGGUUCUUGCCUGCCUGAGCGCCUGCCGAGGUGGAACUGGCCGGACCGGGUCAGCGUGGCCCAGCCUCCCUGCCUACUUCCGCAGUGGCCGAAAGGAGGGUGUCCUGGACAUCGAACAAGUGGCUCGGGAAGCAGACGCACUGUUGAGGGACCUCCCGAUCCUUCAUGCCUACCUUCAGACCAUGGCCCAGCCGGUGCUGGGGCCUGCAGGCAGCCCCGAAGGCACUGGUGCAGUGUCUAGCCUGAGUGUUGCCCUGUGUGGUUUGCCGCUAGCCAGUCUGCUGCUCUCCGGCCUGCAUCAAGCCUCAGCCUCUUCUGCGGCUGCCGGAGCGUUCCAACAGGCGCUGACCACCCAAGACGUAGAACGUGCCUUAAAUCUUUUAGAACUGUAUGGGCGGGACAGCCACCAGGAGCGGAUCCUACGGGACUCCUUGCUGGCAUGUUCAGCCCUACAAGAGGGGAAUAGGACUAUGGAGCUUCUUUUUCGAGUGGAAGAUGCGGAGCUGAGGGCGCGUGUGGCCCUUCAGGGCCUCGAGCAGUGGCCACUGGCAUCGUGUCUCGAGCUGCUGCGGUUUUGCCUGAGCGACGGCAAUACCGAGUGUAGCCUGAAGGAGGAGCUGGAACUGAAGAAGCAGGAACUUCAGAUCUACCAAAGGAUGCUGAAUUUACAACCUCCAUUGCCCUGGGCAACAUGGCAGGAACUGAAAGUUCAGUCUGGGUGCAACACUGAGGCAGUCUUCUCCCUGAUGCUGGAAGCCAAUGAAUUCCAGUUAUGUGGACAGUGGGUGCAGCUAUAUCCAGUUGCUAUGCAACUAAGACUACAGCUCCAGACCAAACACCUGCUUCACCUGCUGGAGAGGGGCCAGAUGGAAGAAGCCUUUCAGCUGCUGGAGAGUCUGACGGACUCAGCCCUGUGUUUGGAAGUUUGUGAGCAUGCGCUGGACCGACGGCCUGGGUUGGCUGCGUGUCACUUCCUGGCCGACUACCUUACGCUGCAUUUCCAGGACGGCAUGUCCCCUGCCCGGCGUCAUCUCAUCCAUGCCCUGCAUCUAGGCUCCAAGGUGCUGCUGACCCUGGCCCCAGAUGCUCAGGACGACUACUUCCCAUUGCUGUCAAACCCCCUGCUCAUGCUGGAGCAGCUGCUCAUGAACCUGAAAGUGGACUGGGCGGCAGUUGCAGUGCGCACGCUUCGGGGCCUACUGCUGGGCCAGGAGUGCAUCAUCAGUCCCGGCGAUAUUGACGCACUGCUGUCCAGUUAUGCCCGCAAGGCCCUGGAGUUCCCUUACGCUCCCAGAGAGAGGAUACGUUCUGACUCGGUCAUUAGUCUUCAAGACGUCCUGAUGCAGUGUCCUGCUCAAGAGAGCAGCUCCUCCUCGGCAAGUGUGGAGACGUCACCUUCCACUUCAGGCAGCACCCCUGUGCACACACCUUCCUCUGGAGGGGGUCGCAGAACCAGGCCCACUGCUCAUUUCACACCCCCAGAAAAACCCCCCAGCCGCAAAGACUGGAUCCCUGACGAUCAGCAAUCUGUCUGCAUGGUUUGUCUCCGUGAGAGGUUCACCAUGUUCAACAGAAGGCACCAUUGCCGGCGUUGUGGGCGUCUGGUGUGCCAGGCGUGCUCCGGGCACCGCAUGUCGGUCGAGGGCUUUGCCGAGGACUCGUCGCGAGUGUGCGACCAGUGCUACAGCUACUUCCACCCUGUCACCGAUGAGGAAAUGGAACCUGCAGAAGUAGCUGGCAGUCCUCUGAAUAAUGAAGAGUGUUUCGGUGGGGUCCUUACGUUGCCUGAGGUUCCACGGCGGCAGUAUCGCCUCAGCAUGGAUCCUGCCGAGAACCUGCAGCUGCAGAGCGAGUUCUACUACGAGCAGGCUCCCAGUGCUUCGCUAUGCAUCGCUAUCCUCUCUCUGCACAGCGACCAUGUGGUCUGUGGCCACCAGUUAAUCGAUCACUGCCAUUCUCUCUCACGGGGCCUGACUAACCCCGAGGUCGAUGCCAGACUCCUUACUGACAUCAUGCGGCAGCUGCUCUUCAGCGCCAAGCUCAUGUUCGUCAAGGCAGGCCAGAGCCAGGACCUUGCGCUGUGUGACAGUUAUAUAAGCAAAGUGGAUGUACUUAAGAUUCUGGUAGCGGCGAACUACAAGUAUGUUCCUUCUCUGGACGAUAUUUCGGAAUCCGCUGCCAUAACGAGGCUUCGCAACCAGCUACUGGAGGCAGAGUACUAUCAGCUAGCUGUAGAGGUGUCCACUAAAAGUGCCCUGGACCCCAGCGGGGUGUGGCAUGCUUGGGGAAUAGCUUCCCUGAAGGCUGGCAGUCUGACGAUUGCACGGGAGAAAUUUGCUCGCUGUCUGAAGGCUCCAGUUGACCGUAACCAGCUCAACCGUGGUCCGCGACUGUUACGGGAGAUAAUUCAGCACCUGGAGUCUAUAGUGUGGUCCUCACAUACUCAGUAUGCUGAGGAGGACAUCUUGGCAUCCCUGCGGGAGCUGGAGGAGACUCUGGCUGAUCCGGGCUUGCAAGACCGCUCCAACGGGCAGGGCCAGCAAAACUGUUACUACGAGGAAUGCCUCUAUUACCUGCACCACUAUGGCACUCACCUGGCAAUAGUUAGCUUUCACAUGCGGCAUGAUGACAUGAAGGGGGCGCUGUUGCAUCUACGCAGCAAGGAGUGCCCAGAGGAGGUGUUCCUGGAGGGUGUCCUGCAGCCCAGUCUAGAGCAAGGACGCCUGGGGGCCCUACAGGGGCUCUUGGAGGGACUUGACCCCAGCCUGGAGAACUGGAGCCACUACCUCAUUGCCUCCUGCCAGUUUCUGCAGCGUCGCGGACAUUUUCACACCCUCUACCAGCUGCAGCAAUUCAUGAUGGACCAUGUGCGGGCGGCCAUGACUUGCAUCCGCUUCUUUGCACACGGUGCCAAGUCCUACUUGCAGCUCGGUGAGCAGCAGCGCUGGCUGGUGAGGGCCAAGGAGCACCUGAGAACCUACCUGCAAGAACAGCAAGGCCGCUGCUCCAGCCGCAGGAAGUCCUCCAGUACCUUCCGCAAGAAGAUGUCCUCCUCUGAUGUAUCCCGACACAUGAACACCAUUGAGCUGCAGUUGGAGGUGACGCGCUUCCUGCACCGCUGCGAGAGUUCCGCAGGCUCUGGCCCCACCCCCCAAACUCAGCACCCAGCUAGCAACGCCCCCCCACCCACCCUCUUCGGGGGCAGCCCCAUGAAGAUCGAUGUGGCCUGUAAGGUCAUGCUGGGGGGGAAGAAUAUUGAAGAAGGAUUUGGAAUCGCAUACAGAGUGAUUCAGGACUUUCAGCUGGAAUCUCUGGCGGUGUACAUGCGGACGGGCCAGUGGCUUGUUCGCCAGCGGCAGUACGGGGCAGUGAGGCAGCUUCUGAGGUGUGUAGGGGAGUCGGGGGCUGCCACCAAGAAUGACUGUGACAGGAUUGUGCUGAGCUGCGUCUCUGCUGCCGACAAAGGACCUGCCGAUGCUAAAGAGCUAGAGAGUCUGAUUUUGGAGUCAAAGAGUGUAGAGAACAAGAUAAACGCCUACCUGCUGUGCAGCAAACUGCGUGCCGCGUACCUGCUGGCAGUAAAACUGGAGGCAAGCCGCGCCGGGCCCCUGGUGGAGGAAGUCAUGCAAGCCGCAGAAAAGACCGGAGACUCAAUCAUGCAGGACAUCUGCCGCCAGUGGCUGGCAGAGCACCAGGACCGGCCCCCGAGGCCGCAGGGGCGCAGCAACGCCAGAUGACGCAAGGAAAAAUGCGGCAAUGUGGAAUGAGCAGAAGCAGUGGAGGUUGUUGCUGCUGCUGUAAUAUGAUUGAAAGGUCAGUCUGACUGUUAGACUGUCCUGCACCAUUCUCACCUGGAGGCAAACACAUCGCAGGUUUUUUGUCAGGGGAGGGAGAAAAAAAAAUCGAUAAUAAUUUGAUAUUAAGUACUUGGUUGCAGUCAAUUCUUCACUAAAAUUAUUGUACUUUAGAUAAAAAUUCUCCUUUCUUACGUUAAUGAAAAGGGAUUCUUUCAUAAACCUGUCUUUAUGUAAUAUAUGUGGAAUUGUUAUAUUCAGCAUUCUGUGUUUAUUUCAAGUUUAUGUAUGAGCUUUUUGUACAGGUUCCAUUUCUGUUAUGUAGUGUUACUGUUCAUCACGGUCUGUUCAGUCGUUUUCACCAUUUUGCUUUUUGUAGAUACUGGCAGGAACUGUGAGCAGAUUUUAGCAAAGUUAGACUGAAUUCUGAAAAUCUGUGAGAAACUACAAGUGUUUGGAUUUAAAAAGGGAUACGGAUCAUGAUUUUGGAAAAUGAUUAUUUUUCUGGCAGUGUUAUAAUUUGCAUAUGUCUUAAAAUGAAAUUUGGAUUGUAAUAAAUUACAAUGUUACAGAUUUUUUUGUGACAGAACAGGCAACAAAUUUUGUUACUUCCUGUUGCUUCUUGCUAAUCCCUGUGUUGUAGUUUAUAAUCUUAGAACGAUCUGCUUGUCUGCAGUCUUCUCACACCCAUCCUAUGCACUAGAGAAGGUGUCUUCUUUUAAAUACCGUCAAUGUCACAAAAAUAUUGGGAAAUGCAAGGCAAGUUGACACACCAGGUCAUUGGCAUUUGUCACAUUAAAUCUACGUGCCUAUAUUGUUCAUAAUCUUUUAAGUUAUUGUAAUACUCAGAUGAGUAUCUGAACCUUAAUCUUCUAAAAAAAUAAGGUAGUUUACCUUAAUGAAGUUAAUGGGAGUGCCAACUAUUCACUGGACUUUGACAUAUAUUUUAAAUGCACUGUAAUACUAUAUUAAUGUGAAACUGUAAAUGCUACAUUUUCUUGCCUUGUAUGUCACUGCUGUUAACUUCAUAUGAGGGUAAUUUCUUCAUUUUAGUCCUGUAUUUGUACGAUGUUGUCCUUAAUGUGAUCGCUCCUGUGAAAGGUCUCUCGCUUUCUUAAGGGUCACUUCUGCAAACUGCAUGUCGCCCUAACAGUGCCGGUCCAGUAAGAGGCAGUGCUCUUUUCUGUAGGGGUCCAGCCCCUUGUACCAAAUUUGUUUCUUCAGAACUGUGCCUUUAUUCCAAACACAUAAUAAAAUACUGAAAUGUUGCUAAA